UAACAACCUUAGCACGCUACUGGCUACCUCAGCUACACUUCCGUUUCAGAUAUUAUUAAAUCUGUAUUUAAAGGUGACCGAGAAUAAAAAUAAUAAAAUACAUGUUCUUGUUUACAUUAUGGAUACCUCUAACUUGUUUAUUCAAAAAAAAAAAAGAGAGAGACAACACUAAGUGCAGGCGUAACGGCCUAACUUUCAAACAUAACGUGAACAAUUCACUUAAAAAUGGCUGAAUUACGAAUCAUUCCCUACUCUCUCUAUAUGUGAACUACGUAGGGUAUGUAAUAACGACUUCCACACUGUGUGUAGUGCCCUAUUUAUAAAAAAUAGUGCCAUUUGUAAUCGAGCCCUACUCAAGGCGUCUUCAGCGCAUGCGCAGAACACAGCCGACAUGAAAUAAUCCUACACCCAGUAGCGUCGAUUAGACUACAGUAAACCUACGAGUGCUGAAGCUCAGGUCCUGAGAUGGGAUGUGUGUGUCGAGGAGGGAGUAAGGAGAAGAAAGAGGAACUCUGUAAUCACUAGAGAAAUACAUCCAGACCCAACCUCAAUCGAGCCACAUUCUCCUCUCCGCUGUCCACAAUGUCGGCGGUCACGUCUCCCACCCAGGCUGCUCCCCCUAUAGUCAACCCCCCUCCACCUGAAGUGACGAACCCCAGCAAGCCUGGCCGAAAAACCAACCAGCUCCAGUACAUGCAGAACGUUGUGGUGAAGACGCUGUGGAGGCAUCAGUUUGCGUGGCCUUUUUACACACCUGUGGAUGCCAUCAAAUUAAAUCUUCCAGACUAUCAUAAAGUCAUCAAGAACCCAAUGGACAUGGGGACGAUCAAGAAGAGACUUGAGAAUAAUUACUACUGGACAGCUGGUGAAUGCAUGCAGGAUUUCAACACUAUGUUCACAAACUGUUAUAUAUAUAACAAGCCUACAGAUGAUAUUGUUCUCAUGGCUCAAGCCUUGGAAAAAAUUUUCCUCCAGAAGGUAGCACAGAUGCCCCAGGAGGAGGUGGAACUGCUGCCACCACCUCCGAAAGGCAAGGCACGCAAGCCUGGUGCUGCCCCUGCUGCAGAAACUCAGCAAGCUUCAGCUCUGUCCUCGACCUCCCCAUCCUCGUCAUGUCCAAGCUCUCCACCACAGCCGCCUCAGACCCCUGUAAUCGCAGCGACACCUGUACCAACCAUCACCUCCAACGUCCAGGCCGUUCCAGCGGCUGCACCCAUGAUCCCGAGCGCACAGCCUGUCAUCAAAAAGAAGGGGGUAAAGCGGAAAGCGGACACUACCACACCCACCACCUGCGCCAUCACGGCCAGCAGAGGAGAGUCUCCCACUCCCCUGCUGGACUCCAAACACAGCAAGGUGAUCUCCAGACGCGAGAGCACUGGCCGACCCAUCAAACCUCCGAAGAAGGACCUGGAUGACGGUGAGCUCCUGCAGCAGGGGAGCAAGAAGAGCAAACUGAGUGACCACCUCAAAUACUGCGACACCAUCCUAAAAGAGAUGCUGUCCAAGAAGCAUGCUGCCUACGCCUGGCCCUUCUAUAAACCUGUGGAUGCAGAAGCGCUGGAGCUGCACGACUACCAUGAAAUCAUCAAGCAGCCUAUGGACCUCAGUACAGUCAAAAAAAAAAUGGACAGCAGAGAGUACCAAGACGCCCAGAGCUUUGCAGCAGAUGUCCGGUUAAUGUUCUCAAAUUGCUAUAAAUAUAAUCCGCCUGAUCACGAGGUUGUUGCCAUGGCAAGGAAACUUCAGGACGUGUUUGAGAUGCGUUUCGCUAAGAUGCCAGACGAGCCGGCUGAGCCCUCGUCCCCUGGAGGCACUUCUGCCACGGCGGUAGUAAGUAAGAGCACGGGGAGCAGUGAGAGCAGUGCCGACUCAUCCAGCUCCAGCUCCGACUCGGAGGAGGAACGAGCCACCCGCCUGGCAGAGCUGCAGGAACAGCAAUUCACUACGGAGCCUCACAUACCUAACAACAGGUUCCAGCUAAAGGCUGUUCAUGAACAGCUGGCCGCUCUGUCACAGGGCCCCGUCAGCAAACCAAAGAAGAAGAAAGAAAAGAAGGAAAAGGAGAAGAAGAAGAAAGACAAAGAGAAGGACAAAGACAAAACCAAGGCCAAGGUGGAGGAAGAGAAGAAGACCAAGUCCUCGCAGCAGAGCAAGCCGAGUCAGCCGAAGAAGACUUCAGCCAGGAAACCCAACAGCACGUCUACUACCAGGCAACCGAAAAAAGGCACCAAACCCAGUGGGGCAAAUUACGAGUCAGACGAGGAGGAAGCGCUUCCCAUGUCGUACGAUGAAAAGAGGCAGCUUAGUCUGGACAUCAACCGGCUGCCCGGUGAGAAGCUGGGCCGUGUGGUGCACAUUAUCCAAUCCCGCGAGCCAUCGCUGCGUGACUCCAACCCAGACGAAAUUGAGAUCGACUUUGAGACACUCAAGCCGUCGACACUGCGCGAGCUCGAGCGCUACGUCAAGUCCUGUUUACAGAAGAAGCAGCGCAAACCUUUACCGGGCACUGGGAAAAAGAGUGCCAAGACUAAAGAGGAACUGGUUCAGGAAAAGAAGAAAGAGUUAGAAAAGAGGCUGCAGGACGUGAGUGGACAACUGAACAACAACAAGAAACCGCCCAAAAAAGCAGAGAAGGCGGGCUCAGCGCCAGGGGGCGGGCCAUCUCGGCUGAGUGGCAGCAGCAGUUCUUCCGACACGGGCAGCAGCAGCUCCAGCGGCUCCAGCUCCGAGAGCAGCGACUCGGACUGAGCUCUCGACAUGUACACUUCAACCUCCUCCAUUUUUCUAAUGAGUAGUGUUUGCUGUCCUGAUAGUGUCUCACCUGAAGACCUGUUACAUACGGAGUUAGAAGCUAAAGACAGAAGAGAUUUUAAAAUAACCUGUUGUAGAACGCCCUUGGCUCGGAUCAAGACGUGUACGGAUAAAGAUAGCUGACAGUGGAACAGUGGCGGCCCUCAAAGGGAAACACCUGGUCAUCACCAGAAACGAUAUUUUUGUGGUUGUGGAGACUUUGAGUUGUUUAUUUCCUCCCAAGUUCUUUCUCAGAAGAGCCCAAUGGCAAGUGCAUAUUUAGUGGACUGACAAACGCCUGGCCGUGUUUCAGUAAAUUAGUAGCUUCAUCAAGUAUGAAAGUGUGAAGGAGCAAGCAGCUAACUUUCUCUCUCUCUCUCUCUGCUAUGCUGGUCAUGUAAGCAUGACAUUUCAGCUCAUUCCACGUUUCUUUUACAGGUAAUCAUAAUUACUUAUUGUCACCAUUUUUAAAGAAGAACUUAUUUAUUUUUCAUCUGGUAUGUUUCAUCUCCUGGUUUGCCAGGAGUUACAGAGAUAUCAAGAAAUCAGUGGAACUUUUAAAAAUUUUGGUGCAUCAUGACUAAGUGAAGUGAACAGGUGAUGCUCUGGGUCGUAGCUUGGCUUGCUGUUCUCUCCCCAAAUGUCGGUAAAGUUCAGAGCUGUACUUUGAGAGGCCUGUGUGUAGUCUGCAGUAGUUUCAGUUGUCUCAGCGCUGUAAUUUCCUUCUCUCACGGUGCUUGUCUCUCAUUCAGUAUUUGAUGUAUAAUUUUGUCUUUUGUUUUAACUACAUUAUACAUUCUCAAUAAUGGGUUUGUUUUUUUACAUUAUUUGAACAUACUCAACUUUUUUUUUUUUUUUUUUUUUAUUUCACUAAUGAUAUAUUUCAGUAAUGAUAUACCCAGUGUUUUUCCCUACAGCUUCUGGAAUCCAUCAUAUUAAUCACCACUGUCUUUGAUUGACCAGUAAUUCACAAAUCUGUAUUAUUUAUUAUAGAAGCGUAAUUGGCUGUCUGAGUCAAACUAAGAUCCCAGUGAAGAGCCCAUAUUAAACAGUCUGAUGUGCACUGUUCCUCUUUGGCAAACACUCUAAUCCAGGACGCUUUGCUCUCAUGUGGAAUACUAGUAGUCUGAUCCUCAUGGCUGUGUCCCUGAACUAAAGAGGACACUUGUUUCAUUUGCUGUAAAGACAAACAGCAGUACUCUGUGUUAAUUUCAGUGGGUUAUGUUUAGUCAAUUUCCAAAGUAUUACACUAAUGACUUUUCUCUAUUUUAUAAUAGAUUUUUUUUUUUGCUUUGUUUUUUUUUUUUUUUUAAUGACCAUCUCUUUCAGAAUACUGUGUUAAAUGCUUUGAGUGGUACUUCAAUAAUGAACAGAAGUUGUUGGUAUAUUUUCUCGCCACCUCUUUGAACUGAUUACUGCUGAAUUCCUACAUAACCGAACAACAUGAUGGACAUCAUUUUCUUUGUUUGUUUACUAUUUUUAUAUAUAUAUAUAUAUAUAUAUAUAUAUAUAUAUAUAUAUAUAUAUAUAUAUAUAUAUAUAUAUAUAUAUAUAUAUAUAUAUAUAUAUAAUAUAAAAUAUGUCUUUUAAUAACCCAGAUCAACAAUACAUGAAACCUUACCCUGUGUCCUCAAAUCAGUGGAUGUUCUCUCAUUGCCUUAUGUCUAGUGCUCUAAAUAACAGAAGAAUUGAGUUGAUCUAUGUUUUUAUUUUCCUUUCGCAGCUCAGAUGAUGUUGAAACACUGAUAUCAAGACAUGGGAAGUUCUUAGGGUUUUUCUCAGUAGUAGUGUUCUGAGUGUGUUACUUUUCUCUCAUGAUUGUCACUGGCAUAUCCCUUCUACUUCCACUAAACAAAAGAAAAAAAACAAAACAAAAGGUUUUUAAAAGAUGUCAACAACCAUAAAAAGGCUUAAAUAUAAAUAUAUAAGUUAUAUGAUAACAUAUGUACAUGUAUAUUCACCAUUAAUUGAUGCUUUGGGUAUAAAUAGGUUAUAUUUUAGUUCAUUUUUUAUGAGUGAAAACCUUUGUGUAUUGCAUGUUGAUUUACAGUAUAUUUCUUAAACCUUUUUUUAACUGUUUAUAACAUGUACGAGCCACUCUUUGAAGUAAAACCAUCAAUAUUAGUCAAGCUGAAUAUUAAGCGCUGCCAGUUAAAGCAGGUUUAGAGCUGCUGUGAAACAGACUGAUACAGAAACUAAACAAAUUCCUAAAUUGGAUUGUGGGCCCCCUUGUUUUUUUAUUUUAUUUUAUUUGUAAAUAAAUCACAAGAAAAUCA